AGUGUUGGAGUGUCAAAAAGGACCGCUACCGAGCCGGGUUUGCCCUAGUCCGUAUUUAUUGUAGUCACCUCAAAGAAGUCACUGCAACUAACUCGAGCUUCAUCUUCAUUGGCCUCUUCUGGGAUUCAUGAGCAGUUGAUCUUCAUUGAUAAAAUGACGAGCAGUUUCCCGAAGGAGCUUUCUCCGCGGUCGCGGCCGUUGCUUGACCCUAACCAUGCUGCCGACGAAGACCAAACAGCGCCCGCUGCCAGGACGGAUUCCGCCCCGCACACCCCCUCCUCGCGGCCGAAAACGAUCAAAAAGCAGCUCACCUGGGACCUGGGCCAGGCCAUUCAGGAACGACAGCAGGCGGCGAUGUCUAAUUCUUCUAGCCAUGGGGGCGGUGCUGGUGUUGCAGCUGCUGCAUCUUCUGGACAGACGUUGACGGCAGGAGGUGGGGCACGAUCAUCUACGUCCGGUGGAGUUUUCAAGUCUUCAUCCUCCUCCACGAGCCGCUCCUCCACUUUCAACCCUAUGAUUCCCCCGCCACUUAAUCUCGCCGGCGGACAGGACUACCAGCAGUGGAAAGCGAAAAACACAAACAGCACGAGAAAGAACAAAGCAGGUAGUACAGCCGCUGGCGCAGCUGCAGCUUCAUCUCAGUCGAAGGUGUGGGACAACAAGAGCCAGAAUCAUAAUUAUCGGGAGAUGAUGAAGAGGAAGACCACGAGAAGCUCCAGCUCGCUGCACAUCGGAGAAGAAGACGAGUACUAUCAGGAUCAACAAACCUCGCUGUUCAAUUUGGCACAGCGAAGAUCUUUAACGACGAGUGACUUCAUGAACAACCGUAGUUACAACAACCAACAAGACCAGGGUAGAACAAACGGUCUCGAACCCGGAGCAUUGUCGAGCCAAGCGGAACCGCAACCGGGCCGGGGAGGCGCCCGGCGGGUGUCGCAGGUGUGGAAGGAUAUUCAGCGGACGCUGUACACUGCAGCCGGGUUUGCGAAGGCCGGAAAGGACCGGGCGUUCCGUCGGCGAGAGGAGGAGCUGCGGGAUCAAUAUUACAGACAGCUGAAAGAUAGCGAGGAGAAUCUUAGUGCAGGUGGAUCUCGCGAUCGGGGUCUUGAUUCGGUAAUAUUAAUUUAGUUUUGAGAACAUUUUUUUGCAUGGAUUCUGCAUCAGUAUUAUGAAAGAAUUUAGGCUUUCGAAAUUGGUGCAAUCUUCGCGCAAGUAGUGUAGACAAGGAAGGCGUGAAAUACGGGGUGGAAAAAAAUUUGUUGAUUGCGGGCGAAAAACGUUGAAAACACAUCAAAAUGCAGGGCAACACCUCGUCCCCUCUGUUUCCCCAGAAGAUGAAAGACUUAACGAUGCCGAGCAUCACCUCCGCGUUCAAAAAGCGGAAACAGUUCGGGAAAAGGCAUCAAUCCUCGCUCGAGGAGCGGCCACUCCGCGGCUCCACCCCGUCCGCUUUCCUCCCGGAGCCAACGAACGGCUUAGGUUUUCUGCCCUGGGAAAUGCGAGCGACCGCGGUGUCCUUUGCGGAUCUUCCUACCGAAGACCGUUACGUCCAGUAUGUGGACGGAAGGUCGGAUUUGCACUUCCAAAUAUGCAUUGCAAAAGUAUCGUACUAGUAUGAAUCGCAUUACAAAUUUUCUCAAGAACAAAAUAUGCAAUUUGUCAUGCUAUUUCAGGCAGCGAGUAGGAUUUGUCAUGCGCAUCUGCGAUUAGUACCAACGCAACCAGUACGAGCGCGAUACUUUUUUGCUUGAUGCCAGAUCGACAUGGGGAAUCCGUACGAGGGGACGGCGUUCAUGACGGAACUGCUACCGGAGGAAAAACUGUCCCACAAGCAGACCACCUUCGUCGGGGUAGCGUACCAGAUCACCAGUUUGGGCAAUUUAAACACGACACUGGAGGAGGUUUCGCUGGGGUUUGAGCUGUCCAUGUUCUUCAAGAUUAAAGACGAGGACGCGUCGUUUUUCAAAGAGCGGAUCGGGCCGGAGGUGCGGUUUCACGACUUCGAGGGCAAGAUGCCGUGUUUCCGGUUACUGUCGGUGCCGGAAGAACCCGAGGUGGUGUCAGAAAACAUUGUCGCGGUCAGGAGGUGUUUUGACCGGGAUGUGGAGCUUUUGGAGCACGAAAGCGAUUCGGAGGAGGAGGGAGAAAAUUCUGACGAAAGCGACGAUGAUAGUGAUGAAGCAGGAGUACCAUUUGGCGAAGGAGACGCGUCCUUCUGGGAUUACUACAACAAAAAAAGACCUGCAGUACCGCAUGAGAAAUCAAAUUCCACAGAGGAUAUAAUCAACUACACCACGGAAGGAGAAACACAAGCAGGUGGUGCAACAACGAGUUGCACGUCAGAUUCGGAUUCUAAAAAUCGCAUUCCAACCCUGGAACCCUCCUCCUCUUUGGACUCGUCGAAGGAGAGAAAGAAAAACGCCGCGAAUAAACAAGGCCGAAGUUCAAAGACUGCCGGCACUGCACCUCCUUUCGGGGGCGCCGGCGCGUAUUAUAGCAAAUCUUCUUCUCAAGAGCAGAUCCUCAAUGCGAUUAAACACAACAAAGUGGUGAAACAGGCGAAAUCCCGGUUCAAAUCCAAGCACACUUGGAAAAAGCAACACGUGGAACCCCCGCCGCUGGCGUAUUACGUCCAGGUCUACGGGAAGUACCGGUGUACGUGCCGACAGGUGAUGGACUUGGUGCAUUUCCCCUUCAGCCGGCAGUUAAUUCGGUUGUCGUUUGUAGCCACUGCGUAUCCUGUGCAAAAGCAUCGUACUCGUAGUAAUUGCAGUCAUGCAUGACAAAUCUGGUUCCUUAGCUUCUUCAGCAUUACAAAUUCCUUUUUUCCUUCUGGAAAAAUUUGUGAUGCUAUUUCUACUAGUACGAUACUUUUGCAAUGCAUACUGCGAACACGUACAAGUACAUUUUCGUGCCGUGGGCAUACAUGCUCCCGUUCUACGAACUGGUGGAAGAGGAUGUGGAAGAGGACUGCGAGCAAGACUCGUUCUCCCGCUUUGUGCAGAAAUUGUCCGAUUACCAGAAGUCGCAGCGGUUCACAAGAAGUUCUAAUGGUCGGACGUCGACGAGUCGAGACAAUUCCUUGCGGCAGGGCGGAGGGAGUAGAAGAGAUAGCACUUCUGUUUCGACGACGAACAACAUCAAGCAAGGCGGUGGACGAGAUAUUGAUCAGCGAACAAGAACAAAUGCGACACUUGUGGAGGGCGUGUCCAACACCGACUCUCUGGGCCGCGGGGAGGAGCACGUGGUGAAGGAUUUGUUGAGUGAUCAUCAUGUGGCGGAAAAUAGUACCAGCACGAAAGGAGAGCAGUCUUCUGCAUCGUACGAAAAUCUAGAAAGGGCAAGCACGUACGACUUGCGGCCAGAGAUACGGUCGUCCGAGGCCGACCGGCAGCUGCAUGAGGGUUCUGGGAAAGAGGUGCGAUUUUCCGGUGCAUCAAGCAGUACUAGCAACUUCUUCGAGGGUCUGAUCCCGGAAGACGAUGAGGAUUUUGCUAGACUUCUGGACGACGAGAAGAAUAGCACUACCUUGUCGAGGAAAUCCUGUGGAUUCGCGAGAGACGUUUUUAUCCCCGAUAUGGAGGAACCGAGUUGCGGCUCCGCAGCGCCGGAAAACGGGACGGGCUUCGGCUUUGAUGACGACUACGGAAGUGUGAGCAGCAGCGACGGGGAUGAAGGUUUUUUGGAUUAUGAUCUGCUCGUGGAGGGUAGACAGAAAGAAGGGUUCACGAACAGCAUCCGAUCCUACUCCGUGCCCGCGUCUUCAUCUAGCAGGAGAAGCGGCUUUGCUGGUGGAGGUGUAGGAAAUAAUAUCAAAACAAAAAUCCUCGAGCGAAACGACACGCGCACCACAGUCAGACCGCGAUUCCAGCCGGAGGGGGAAGUCGCGAGCAUGGUGAUCCCCGAAGAAGGAGAGGAAGAUGCUGUUUUGGACGCAGAAACCGACGGGCGGGGGCAGAAUUUUUACAGCGGCGGCGUUGUUGAUCAUGAUAACCCAGCACCUGAAGGACAGUAUAAAGCAACAUCGAACAAAACCUAUCGCCGCUCCUCCUCCCUCCCCGACCGCGCCAACCGGAAUUCGCGAACGGCCUACGACCUUCCCGGGAGGGAAAUCAUGUCCGCUGCGAAACGGCGGUCGAUUCAGCUCUCCCGUGGGGAAUUCAUCAAGAAACGAGCGAAAUCCGACUGGCGGCAGAUGUUGUUGCAACCAGGCUCUGGACUGUCGGAUCAGGAAAAAACGCCGGUGACGAAUUACAGAUCAACAACUAGUACAGGACCCGGCUCAGCAGCUGGUGGAGCAACAUCUCCGCCGCCGCAAGUCAACACCUCUGCUACUAGCUCUCUGACAAAUCAAGCAAAUCCUCCGAAGAAGAACUACCGGUUAGUGGAACUGCGGCUCCGCCCCUCGGUGUUUAAAGGCCGUUGCCGCAUGUCGGAGUCGUGGAUUUGCCGGUGCCAUUUCUCCGAAUUCUACCCCUUGUCCUGGCUCGCCUCCAUGCCCAGCGGCGCGAAGUACAGCCGGUUUCACAUCGUGCUGCAGAUGGAGUGUGUGCCGACGUUUUACUUGCUGAACGUGCACUUCAUCCUGCUGUGUCUGGUUUCUCUCUCGUUUUCCACUUUUCUCAUCGAUCCGGACGACCCGGGGUCCAGGAUGCAGGUGUUGCUGACCUUGAUUUUAUCCCUUGCGGCCUACAAAGUGACGCUAAACACCUGGACGCCCAUUAAACCGUACGUGACGCGAUUGGACGUGUACGUGUUGGUCACGUUUUUGAUCACAUCGAUUAUGGGUUUGGACUGCAUGCUCGCGGCCUUGACCUGCAACCUCUUCCCGAGCACGAAAGACACGGUGAUCUGGAUCGAAGCGAUUGUGUGGAUUCCGGUCUUCUUCGCUUGGGUGAUCCUGCACUACUUCGUGUUCAAAUCCGAAUUCUUGGCGAACGGGCAGUACGGUACUUUGGUGUAUCCGAAGUGGUAUCCUGUGCAAAAAUAUCGUACUCGUAUUGCAAUAAUGCAUUGCAAAUCGUUUUCUUUAGGUAAACCCACAUUACAAAUUUCAUUUGUCAUGCUGAGAAAUUUGUAAUGCAUUUAUACGAGUGCGAUACAAUACUUUUGCAAUGCAGAAGUAGGCCGAUGUGUUGAAGAUUGACGACGCGAACCAGCAGGCGGAGUCGGAAUUUGUGGAAUCGAUGAACAGAAGAGGAUUCCAGAUGGACCGGGCAAAUUUGCCGAGUGUCGCAACCAUGACGAAGAAGUUGGCGAGGUAUUACAGGAAUCACGGGGAGUUCUUGUAGGAUGGGCGGCGGAGUAAGAGUAUUUCUUGUCGUGAGGAUGAGGUCGUGAAUCUCACUAGGUAGAAGUGGUAGCUCAGCAGUGUCGUGCUGUAAAGCCCCGGGAGGAAUAAACACGUAAAGCUGUUGUAGUUGCGCUGCUGCACACCAUCGGAAAAACAUUAUCUUAUAUUAUUUAAUACCGACAGCGACAGUGCGUUGAAGUUUCUGUUUCACGAGCUCAGCACAGAAACGUUUUCCUUCAAACUAAACACAGCUGCAGCGUUCUGAUUGAUCGAUGCAUGUACGAUCUUGUGAGCAUCUCUUCUGUAUGAUUGACUACGACCACUACCUGAAGAGAAAGAGAAUGAAUGUUGCGAAGCAAAAAGAAAACAAGGCCCUGAACUUCAGUGCUCUUCUUGGUAAGAACUAGACAACCGGAGAUGACAAAGAAAAAGCCUUUUAAUAAAUUCCGGAUGAAAUAGUAGUAGCUGGGCCCGUUUUUUCUGGGGUGCUAAACAAAUAUUUGGAUACACUCUCCAGCAUAGCGCAGUCGUGAAGUAAACGACGCUUGCGCUUGUCCUUGGUGUUACCGAAAUUGUGUUCAUCAUCUG